UCUUGGGCUGGGACAUCAUCGGGAACCACAGAUCUGGAUAAUUUCGCUUAGAAAUCAUAAAGUAUUUAGGCGUACUAUUAUUAAUCAGUAGUAUGUGUGCACUGGAAAUAUGUGUAGCCUAUAGCAGUCUCAGUUGUUUUCGUGACAGUAUUAGGCAACAAAACUAAACUAAAUAAAAACACAAAACAAAUACAUAAACAAAUGAAGUCUGCUGGUUGUCAACAACAGACGAUGAAAACCACCAAUGACGAAAUGCCUAGAUAAGUAGGCUAAAUAAUAUGAUAGAAAAAUUGAUAGAAGAAAAGAAAAGUGAAACUAAAGAUCAAACGACAAUAUAUAAAAUAUGUAAUUUUAUAGUUAUGUGUAAUAUAUAUUUGUUUUUAAUAAAUUAGAUAAAAAAUUAAUCAGUAUAAAAACUAUGUUAACUAUUUUACUGUAGGCCUAGUAUUUGUAGCUGACUCUAAUAAAAGUAACCAAGGGUACAUCAACACUCUCUCGCGCGGCGCACGCACUCUCUUUCUCACGCGCGCGCUCGCUCUCUGUUCUCUGCUUGCGGCUGCUCUUCAGUGUGAGGGAAAGUCGGACGGGAUCAGUCGAUAUCUGCUCAUAUAACUGACAAAUCAGUAUUUUUUUCGCUUGCCGGAUUAUAUCUAUGGAUCAUUUAUUGACGAUCGUCUAUUUCUGGACUGUGCGGGUUUUGUUGAAAUGAACGGCUGUUAAAGGUCUCUUUUUAACAGAUCUGUCGCUCGAGUCACAGUUUGAGGUGAUGUUAUAAGCUCUGGGUCUGAGGUUAUAUCCAUUAGUCCAGGGACGGGGGAUAUGGUUUGAGUCCACCGCUUAUCUACACAGCAAAUCAAAACUAAUUAAAUCCAUAUUUCAUCCAAUGCUUUGAGCGGAAAUAUGGACUGUAGUGGUGUUGCACUAGGAUUGGAUGUGGAUAAUAGUUUUGGACAGAUGAUUUGGCAGAACCUCCCACCCAUGGUCCAUCUGGAUCUCCUGUCCUCUAAAAGUUCUCCUCAGUUCCUAUCGCCUUUCCAGGAUUCACAUUCCAAAGCAUUUCUGCUGUCAAGCCCAGAGCCGCUACUCACCCUCUUCUCAUUGAACAGAAACUCGCCAGGUACUCCUGCAGGUGCUUCACAAAUGUAUUUCAUGCCCACACUUGAAGACAAUCGACAAGAGGUGGUAGAGCCCAGUCACAACCUCACAAGACAUGAUUGCCAAGUUGACACCAAAUCACUUUCGUUAGAGCAAGCACCACAUUGCAGCAGGAAGAACAAUGCUUUAAAUCAAACACUGGUUAGCACUAUGGAGGAACUGAAGGAGGGGCUGAUGAUUCAGUCAUUGUGGCAUCUCUCCCAGCACGUUUCAUUGGCAAAUCGGGCCAGUAAUUUACAACAGAGGGUUUUGAUGAUGCUUGGUGAACAUGCUUCAAGACACUAUAGCCACCAACUGGAUGGUUUGAAGAAGAAACUUCAUGAAGCCCGCAGUUCCCCCAAAUUAACAUCAGAGCCUAUUUUUAAGACCUAUAAUGCUGUAGAGAUGCAGGAGGCAGAGCAGACUCUUUUAAGAAACAUCCAGUGCCCUAAAGACCAUCGGCAACCUCUGAAAUCCAGAGAUUUGGAGAAUUUAGGACACAGUGGUCAUUUUGUUCUGCAUGGAGUGCUGGAAGCUCUGGACUCAGAUGCCACCGUGAGCAGCUCAGAUGAGGAGUGGGACCAUGAAGACGCCAAAAUGACCUCAGUGGGAUCACAUUGUAGUAUAUGUGAGUGGAGAUGGCUGAAGGACAGAGCUGAACUCUGCAGUCGCUGGACAUGGCUGCAGAUGAGACUGUCUGAGCUGGACUCUCAGAUUCAGCAGCUUGGAAAACUCAGGCAGCAGAUUCUUUCUAAUAAGAAUCAUGUGAUUUUGGCUGAGUCUCAGCCCCUGACGGACAGGCAGAUUCAACACACCUUGUGGACAGAGACUAUGGAUCUUUCAUUCACAGCUGGGAACAUGCAAGAUUUGAACUCUGAUCUAGAGAUGGAACCCAGCAGCCCAAUACGCCUUUUGAGGAACAUUGAGAGACAGAGUGCCCAGCUGACCCAGAUUGUAAACAGCCUGGUGCCGUCUUUGUGUGCCUCGCCUCCCUCAUCACCUGUGUCUAAAAGACCCUGCAUCUGCUGGAGAACUCAACAGAAAACAGCUUACAGCAGCCAAGUGACACACAUGGGUGUCUUUGCUCCCAGUGGACCACAGUGUUUGCACAAGGCAAGGCAGAAGAGGAAGCGAACAUGUCACAGACGGCAGUACCUCCCUCAGGUGGACGUUACCUGUGUGUCAGCUCGGACUCGACCUCUUCAGACCUAUCACAAGCCUAGACUUUUUAUCAUGGAUUCGUUGUCUCAUAGGGAACAGGUCCUGGAGUCAUCCCAUUCUUUUUGUCCCAAUUGUGCAUACUGUGAUCCUGCAUCUGUGAGCACAGAUCCUUCAUGUCUCCACAAAAAAGACAGGACAGAUGGCAAAGAGCAUCCUGUUCUAUCAUUUUCCUCAGAAACCCCAUCAACCUUCCAUCUGCAAAAUUUUCUCUUCAAAGAAAAUUGGUUUCAGCGAUCUCUGCUUCUGAAAACUGAGCACACCAGUCCACAUCACUGUCUCAGCUCCAGAGACAGAGUCUCACGAUCUUUAUUCCACUGCAGUCAUAAGCCACAAAAUGGUAGGCAUUUGAAGAGGCACAGAAGAGAGGGCACUCCAAUACGGUGGGCGCGCACACAAGACCACCACAGUCAAGAUUACAGGGAAGGCAAGAGGAUGCGGCGCUGCCCUGAGAGGACAAUGGACAUCAGUACUACACUCAAGUCUGAUCUUGACUCCCAGAGUGAUGACAGUCAGGUGGAGGAAUCUUCAGAGGAUCUGACCGUUUCUUACUGUACCCCCACACAACAAAGAAACUCACAGUUCUCAUCACGCAGAAGAAACUCUGAGAGUAUUUUCAGCGUUGAUGACAUUGUCGUUCCUAUGUCUCUGUUCGCAUCUGUGAAAGUGGAAAGACUUCAGUAUAAGAACAUUUUCACACCCAGUUGGAGAAAGGUGGAUAUUUCACCUUUAUUGCAAAGAGAUGAGGAUGAGCAGGAGGAAGGGAUGUCAGAAGCGAUAGGAGAUGAAGAUUUCUUCCAGAGGCACCAGAAUUAUGAGCAUAGGGAGAAACUCCUCUGGUCCUGUCGGGAUCAUGACAGAAGUCACAGGAUCAGGUCAUCCAGGAAAAGCUGCUCUUCUGUGUCUGUUAGAGACCAUCCUGCUCACUGUCACCCACCCGUACGUUCUCCCGUUCGCUUCUCCUGGACCUUCAGUACUUCUCAAGAUUUAUCAGAAGUCAGUGUGGAUGAAAAAGAGCCAAAUCAACCAUGGAGGAGACGUACGUUCCCCCUGACUGAUGAAGACGAGAAAUCUUUAAGGCCUGAUGAAGAAAAGUGUUUUUUAAUUACUUCCAGAGCUCCAAAGCACAUAAUCUGAGGUGGAACAGGAAAUGACAUCAUCCUGAGGCACAAUCUCAGCCAUCAUAGUUCUACUCUGAUGUAAAAAUCACUCAUUCAGCAUAUGAAAAGUUAUGACACAGUGUUGCACAAAGCAGUGUUGUAACAUUUCCCCAGUCUCGUUGAGUUUUUUGUCUAUGGAAAAGAUUUUGUUCUAAAUGAUUUUUACAUUUUAAAGUUUGUACUGUAUCAUACUGUCUUUUCCACAAUUUAAUAUUCUAAUUAAAUAUCCACCCUCUUAAAAAUAUCAGCUCUAAAGCACUGCAUUAUUUAUGCAAACUAUUUGAUGUUAUUUAUUUCAAUAACAUUGCAUCGUAUUGCUUUGUGUACACAUUUCUGGAAAAAAAACAGAGCAAAGGAUUUAUGAUUUUACUGUCAAUCUCAGUUUCUACUAUAAUUUAUCCAGUAUUGUGGGAAAAGCACUUUGUUGAAAAGAUGCGUAAAUUGACCUCAUACAGCAUUAAAUUGAUUUAGACUGGUGCACUGAGAAAUUACUUCCAUUUUAAUUUUUAUGAACGCUGUGGAGUAAUUGUUAAUUGAGAUUAAAUAUUUUAGAUUAAAUACAACUCAAUAGACGAUAAAAAUAAGUUAACUUCUUAAAAGCUUGUCUACGAUUUUUGAGGAAAAAGUGCAACGUAUUGUAAUACAAGUAUGCAAUAUUUAUUUCAACCACAGAGGGGCAGUAAUGCGCCGCGUCUGCUCCUGAAAAGUGCAUCUGCAAGAAAACAGCCUGUUAGUGGCAAAGAGGAAAAAGCAGGAAACUACUUGUAAACACAGUAAACUACUUAAUGAUUCUUUCCAGUCUGCAAGACUUUGCAAGCUUUGACAGCUCAAAAUCCUAUUGCAUUGAUCCUGAGUAUGUGUGUGUGUGUGUGUGUGUACAGGGCUUGUGUGUGUGUGUGUGUGUGUGUGUGUAGUCUUUGAUCUCUUUCUGCAGUAAGCUGAUUAGACCAUCUCACAAGCAGCCCUCACUCACUGGCAAAAGGCUAAUUGGCUAUAAGUAGGGGUCAAGGUUACUGCCUGUCCAUGAGAUAGGGAAGAUAUUAUCUCACUUGCUUUCCUUCGUCUAACUCAAUGACUUUCACCCUGGUCCUGCGCUUCUUAAAAAUCCGAACUCUCUGAACAUUAGCUUGAAGCCUUUUUUGAGCUGCCUUUUCAUAAAGCACCCUAAUCAAGAAGACCUCUUAAGCGUACACAAUUUAUUUAAUCAUGCUGGUAGACAGUUCUCUAGGUUUCGGAGCAUUUUCUCAAACUCCCCUCUCGCUAGAGCUGUCAGAACCGUGUUUCGCUGCAGAGUAAGUGAAUAGAGCCGGUGUGUGACGCACAGCCACUGUAUUGAUCUGUGCUGUUCUAAAAGCUCGAUAGGCCUCUCUUUCUCUCCCAUUCUCUUUUGUUGUGAACUCUGAGAAUGGAGAUCAUUAUUUAUAGCUCCAGUGAGAGGCUCGAUGAUUUAGUUCUGCCAGCAGGGGGAGUUUUACAGGGACUUUGGUGCAGUGCGCUGAUAUAUACAGUACAGGAGCAGAUUUAUCACUUUGUGUCCUGAACUUAAAUGAGAACUUGUAUUUUCAAUAAGAUUUUGUAACAAAGUUCUCAUAAAUCCAACCAGUGAUGCUAAAACUAAACAAAAAAGGAUAAAAAAUUAUCCAUGUUGCCUUCGCAACUAAGUGAAAAACUUAGAAAAAAAAUAAAAUGACUAAAACUGAAAUAAAAAUGAAUUUAAUAAAGCUAUUUUAAAAGGAAAAAUAAAUAAAUACAUAUUAAAACUGAAAAAAUAUUGGCAGACCAUACUAGAGCUGUUAAAACUAAACAAAAAUAAAACUAAUACUGAAAUAAAAUACAAUAUUAGACAAAAAGCAUAUACUAUUUUACAUCUGCAAUGGUGCUUUGGCACAAAUAGACUAAAAUUACAGCUUAUAAUUAAAUAAGCAAUAAAAAGCAUUCAAAAGCAAAAGAAAAAAAUAACAAAAGAUGAAAAAUUAUACCUAAAAAUAUAUAUUUACAUAUAUUCUCUCACACACAC